AUGCCGUAUCUUAUGCAUGCCGGUCGACUUAUCUUCGCAUCUGCGUUCAUCGUAUCUGCUUGGAGAGAGUAUCAUGGAUUCGGAGUCGCUACCGAAGAAUUAAGACCAAAACUUGGUUUCUUUGCGAACCAGGCAAAGUACAUAAUUGGUCUUGGUAUAGUGAUGAAGCUAUUUGGAGGGUUCUUCUUCAUCUUCAACACCUACACCGGAGCUUUGCUCUUGCUUAUAUACCAAGCAAUAUUGAGCCCAAUCUUGUACGAUUUCUACAAUCGUGAUUAUGAUAGAGAUCAUUUCAAUAUUUUCUACACGAAGUUCAAAGGGUUUGUGAACGAGACGAUGUCAGCAGAUGAUGGAGUGGCCAUGAGCUUAUAUAACUCCAUGGUUAACGAAGAAGCACAACAGAAAUUUUGCGAUCAACUAAAUGAGAUUGCAAGACUAGCCAUCUCUAAUCCACUGUUUACACCGAGCGAGUUUAACACAUUGUUCAUGAGGUUCAGUAAGGGUGUUGGAAUGGUAGCUGCAUUGGUGUUCUUUAUUGCGAUGAAGCAUAAGCAUGAUGAAUUGCUCAAGAAGCCAUCCAAGAAACACAAAACUCACUGA